AUGGCAAAAUUAAUUUUAAGUUUAUUACUUUUAACCGUAUUAUACGCUUUACCUUCUAAGGCUGGAUAUUCGAUUGUAUUCCCAGCAUCGGGUAGUGUGUUAGAAGCCGGAUAUAUUUAUAAUAUUACUUGGACCUUAACUAAGGAUACUCCAACAGAACCGGCGAUUGAUGUAAUUUUAACCCAGGGUCCACCAGAUAAUUUAAUGCCACUGAUGACAAUUUGCAAAGACAUUGACCCUACCGCUCUACUUUGCCAAUUUUCCAUUCCAACGACAACGAAGUCUGCGAUCGAUUAUGCGUUAACCAUUGGAAAAUUAACCGCAAAUGUUGGUUACUCUUCAUACUUCACUAUCAAAGGUGUUGGAGUACUUGCACAAAGUAAUAAUGGAUGUCCAAAUAUGGGCGGUCAUAAAUGCACAGAUCCCCUAUCUCCAUGUUGUGGUAUUGAUGGAUAUUGUGGCAUUGGACCUGGUUUUUGUGACAAAGGUUGCGAACCGAAAUUUUCUUAUGGAGGUACUUGUAACGCAAAACCUAAACGUAAAAGAUUUGUAAAAUUUUAA